ACAAACUAUGCGGCUUAUGUCAGCCCCCACCACUUGUGCCAAGAACACGCUGCAGAACAAGUUGCAAUAUGGUCUUCGAAAUAUUGUGUUGGGUUAGACCAAAAUGUUGCAUUGUAAGUGCAACAAUAUCUGUCUUCCAGGCGAGACGAGAUAACGACACUAGUUUUAAACCGCUCAUGAAUCCAUUUGUACGAGGAAGGUAUUGAUCUGAGCCAAAGCAAGCACGCCCUUCCCCGAGGUAGUUUUAUCAUGUAGAAUCCGAAGACCUCGGCCAAACAAACAUCUUCAUCAUUCAUAUAUUUCCAAUCCCGUGUUCCACCACUGUCACUCAUCCUUUAUAACACAAAAGCCCGUCAAGAAGAAAUCAAUCAUUUGAAAGCUCAAUACGUAAUGAAUUCUUCGGCACCACGAGACGAUUGGGUUGUACAUGGACCUGAAAUCGCAGGGGGAAACCUCGGGAGUAGCAUUGAUACUGAUAACUCUCGAAUGUCAGCUGGGUGGAAAGAGAGUUCUACUCCUAUUGCUGGAAUACAAGGAUCAACAAUUCGAGAGUGGAAGUCUCCAUCGCACGAUCGACCGUUUAUGUGGAAUAUGGAUUAUGGUUCUAAGUAUGUCAUUUCAGCGUUUCCUGAGAACAUCUCAGUGAUUGUUGUAUUUAUUUCAUAUUAUUUAAUGCAUCAUUUACUAUAAAAUCACACUUCAUUGUUCAUCCAAUUCCACGGAAAUCUCUCAUUGGAAAUCUUCGGCUUUUUGAAAAGCCAGUACUCGAAUGCUCAAAUCUCAAUUUUGAAUGAAAAACUUCUUGUCAACAAUCAGAGUGCUAAUCGCUUACAGUGGUAACCAAGUCGCAUCUACAUAUCCCCAUCCAGAUCUAUCACUCCCACACCCAAGUCUAAAUCUCGAUUUUCGCAUGUCUGUUUCCCUAAAUCCUCGGAUCUCAGUUGGGCCAACACCAUUUGGACAUCGAAAUUGGAUAUCGUUUACCGGUGGUAUGUGGUCUGGAUCAUGGGGAUCAGGAACAGUUUUAGUACAUUGACCUUCCUUCUCCGUCUUCAUUACUAAUAUGUCACAGCCUGGAGGCCAAGAUAGCCAAUUAAUAAUACCCGAUGGAUCAGCUCGUCUAGAAACAAACUACCUAUUACAGACUCAUGAUGAUCCACCAGCUUAUAUUGCGAUAAAGACUCAUGGAUGGAGAACCGGACCUCCUGAAAUAUUAGCUCAGCUAGCAGACCCUGUGUUGGCUGAUCAAGUCGAUCCAAAUAGUUAUAAGUUUAGGAUAUUUAUUGAAAUGGAAACAGGGGAUGAGAGAUAUAGUGGGAAGGUCAAUUGUGGGAUGUGGGUUGGUAGUGGGAUGAGGAAGGGGGCAGAAGUUGUUUACGAGUGAGCGCACAGUCUUUAAUUACUAUGGAAUGGUGGGAAAACUAAUGAUGUGAAUGUAGUGCAUAUCGAGUAUCAUAAGGUCGGGCUUGGGUACCACUUCAACUUUCGUAGAAAAAUUGGUCUGGUUUUGGGAUAGGAUGGAAUGGGAGACUAUACCGGAACAAGACGGAGGCACCUCGAAGAGAAAUAGUGGGGUACAUAUACUUCACGGGGGAGCUGAUUCCUUUCUUGAAUGAGCAACUGGGACAGCUCGUGAUGAAGCAUCCAGGCAGGUUCAAUCUGAGUACUUUGUCACAUGAAAGGAAAACUCUCAGUCUUUCUGCUUAUGUAGCUGAGAUAUAGACCCACUAUU